AUGUAUAACAGGAUGGCUCAACGGAGGGUAAACAAUUCAUGCAGAAACCUGACCAAAAGUCAACUAGGUGGUGUAGUAUUUGGGUGCACCAAGAAUACCAUCAAAGAGUGUAUGUCGAAACAGUUGUUUGGUCUACCCUACAACCACAUUACAUACGUGCAGAAGAUUGAUGUAGGUUUGCCGUUGUUUCUGUUCAACUAUUCUGAUCGUAAACUUCAUGGAAUCUUUGAGGCUGCUGGUCCUGGUCAGAUGAAUGUUGACCCGUACGCCUGGACCUCUAAUGGUUCUGAAAAAACCUCAUUUCCUGCACAGGUUCAAAUCAGUGUUCGCUUACAGUGCGAACCCCUUUCUGAAGACAAAUUUAAACCUGCCAUUGAAGAUAAUUACUACACUUCUAAACAUUUUAGGUUCGAGCUUGAUCAUUUCCAGACUAAUAAGUUGAUGUGUCUGCUAACAGCAUUUGCUGUGAAACCUAAACCACCGUUGAGUACAUCACACAGUAGACAGGUUUUUCACUUCAUUCCACCAACUGAAACGAAAGAGAACACUAAUGAGGUUAAGCCUUCUAUGGAUGAACCGGUGGACUGCUUGGAGGUGUCACUCGGUGAAUCUGACUCCUCAGCUGCUGCUUCUCAUCCUGGUUUCUCUGAUAAUCAUCCAGACGUACACAACUCCGAACAAGAGGAUAAGGAUUAUGUUCUUGAGAAACUGAAUGAUCUCGCCCUUAGCCAUGCGCAUCAAGACGAUUGUCUCAUGGAAACUGUUGACCACGUCAACAUUCCAACCUGCAAGAACUUGGAAGACGGAAACACGCUUGAAGAGGAAACAUGUUCAGAGGGGAAAGGAGAUGGCAGUUCUCUCGUAUCAUCUCCUCGUCAACAUGAAUUUGCAUUUGUGACAAACGUUCCCAGUAGAAAGAAACUGGGGAAUAAAUGCAAUAGCCUGACAUCCUUGAUAUUCUGCAGAACUACCCUAGUCUGA